GGGGGGUUUCACCCCGUCCACCUUGGCGAUUUGUUUGACGAGGGCCGGUAUCGGGUCCUUCACAAGCUUGGCGCUGGAGGCCACGCAACGAUAUGGCUGGCCCGUGACCUUCUUGAAUUGUCCUGGGUGGCUCUCAAGAUAGUCCUUGCUGAAGAGUCGCAGGCUAUUGAAUUCAGCGUAACCCUCGCUCACAGCAUCGUGUCGAAAUCGUUUCAUGACCACAGAUUUGUCACCUACGAGCGGUACUUCUACAUAGAUGGCCCAAACGGCAUUCACUUGUGCCUGGUACUCCCUGUGCUGGGCCCCUCUGCUUACAGGGUCUCCCACUAUCUCGAGAGUAGGAUGCAGCCGCGUCUAGCGCGUAGUGUAGCCCUCCAGGUGGCACAGGCACUGGCUGAAUUGCACUCGCAAGGACUUUGCCACGGAGGUGAGCAAUACGCAAUUUCCUUUUUCUAG